AUGGCUGAUGUCAGGAACCUCGCCGCUGAGGAUGGCAGCUGGGACCCUCCUCCGCCUUACGAGUCUAGCUUGCCCACAGAUAGCGGCCCGACGAGGAGCAACUCAGAGACUCCUUCGGUAGGAUUUCCAUUUCCUGCGCCCCCAUAUCGAGAAUUAUCAUCAACGAACGAUGGCCGCGUAGAUGUUCGUAUUGGGUCACGGUUUAGCCAGAAUCUAGAAUGGCUGAUGGGGAAUCAUGCCGCCGAGGCGACCCCGACGGGAGAAGAGGCUGGCCCAUCCGUACCGCCUGCCUGGGAUCUUCACCUCAACAUCGUGAUCCAAGUAGUAGGCAGCCGAGGUGAUGUCCAGCCCUUUGUCGCGCUGGGUCAGGCAUUGCAAAGGUGCGGCCACCGCGUACGGCUAGCCACGCAUGCCAAGUUUGAGCAGUUCGUCAAGACUGCUGACCUCGAGUUCUACCCCAUUGGUGGCGAUCCUGUCGAGCUUAUGUCCUACAUGGUUCGCAAUCCCGGGCUGAUCCCAAGUAUCAAGAGUCUGCGGGCGGGCGACAUCCAGCGGAAGCGUGCCUUGAUGGCGGAGAUUCUGGACGGCUGCUGGCGGUCGUGUCUAGAGCCGGAUCCGCAUGACGAGGCUCCAUUCGUGGCGGAUGCCAUCAUUGCAAACCCACCGAGUUUCGCCCAUAUCCACUGUGCGCAGGCACUUGGGGUCCCCGUCCAUCUCAUGUUUACGAUGCCCUGGACGAGUACCAGGGCCUUUCAUCACCCCCUUGCGAAUUUAAAGUAUUCUGGCAAUGACCCGUCGCUGGGGAACCUAAUCUCCUACCAUUUUGUGGAGUGGUUGACAUGGCAAGGUUUAGGCGAUUUGAUCAAUACCUGGCGCAAGAACGUUCUCGGUCUGGAUCCCGUUCCCACGACGGAGGGCCCAAAUCUUGUAGAAGUGCUCAACGUGCCAUUCACAUACUGCUGGUCACCUGCGCUGAUCCCGAAGCCUAACGACUGGGGUUCUAAUAUAGAUGUCUGCGGGUUCUUCUUUCGUGAACCGCCAGCUUACGACCCCCCAACGGAGCUUGAUGCUUUCUUGCAUGCUGGCCCGCCACCGGUCUAUAUCGGCUUUGGUAGCAUUGUUCUCGAGGACGUGGAAAAGACGUUGUCCAUCUUACUCGAAGCUAUCCAGGAGACCGGGGUACGAGCCAUCAUAUCCUGCGGCUGGAGCAAUUUGGAACGCCGGGAAUUUCCAAACGUUCAUUACAUCGGCGAUUGUCCACACGAGUGGCUUUUCCAACAUGUGGCUGCUGUUGUUCAUCAUGGCGGGGCCGGCACAACCGCUUGUGGCCUGCGAAAUGGAAAACCGACCGCUAUAAUUCCCUUUUUCGGAGAUCAACCUUUCUGGGGCAAUAUGAUCGCGGCUGCGGGUGCCGGCCCGGAGCCUAUUCCCUACAAGGCACUCACCGCACAGAAUUUGGCGGACGCCAUCACCUAUUGCCUCACUCCACAGGCUACUGCCGUGGCGAAAACCAUCGCCGACAGAAUGCGCCAGGAGUGUGGCGUUCGUGCAGCAGUGGACUCGUUUCAUGCACAUCUCCCGAGACACAAGAUGCCGUGCGAUAUCAUACCCAGCGAACCAGCCGUCUGGCAUUUCAAGAAAGGAAAGCGAGCCGUCAAAUUGUCAAAGGUUUCCGCAUGGAUUCUGAAACACCAGGGGCGUCUCCAGGAGAAGCAUCUUAAACUGUAUAAAACAAAGCCAUUCAUAAUUGAUAUUCGUCGAUGGGAUCCACUCACGGCCGUUUCCUCGGCCUCGUUAUCUACCCUUACUGGCAUGGCUGACGCCACAGCCGGCAUCUUCAUCGAUCCAUACAAGGAAUACAAACGUCUCCGAUAUAGCCGCAGUCGAGACGUCUCCAAGGCGCCUUCCACGACAGAACUAGCAACACUAGAAAUAUCACAACCCCUUUCAGACCCUAAGCCUAAUUCUGAUGACCCGGACUACGCCCGGCAGAUGGCCCUCGCCUCGGCCACUAGUCUGGGUAUCUUUCUCGGCCGCUCCUCACGCGGCGCUCUUGUAGACCUGCCUCUCGCCGCCGUCGAAGGCAUGCGAGCCGUGCCCCGACUGUACGGCGAGGAGGUACGAGUGCAUGACCCGGUGAAGGACUGGAGAAGUGGCGCGGUUGUGGCCUGGUCUACGUUUACACACGGUGUGUACGAGGGUGUUACUGAUAUUUUUGUGCAUACGUACCGGGGUAAGAAGGAGCAGGGUGCUCUCGGAGUGGCCAAAGGGUUGGCCAAGGGAGUAGUUAGUAUGACGGUCAAAACUGGGGCGGCAACAGUGGGGCUCAUUGCUUAUCCGAACCAGGGCAUUUAUCGGUCUCUGAUGAGUACUAUGCGGAAGAAGCCUGCGAAGCGGGUUGAGGAGGCGAAGUGGGCUGAAGCGGAGUGGAUUAGUAAGAAGGACGAGAGCAUGCGGAUUGAUGUAGAGGAAUUGUGUUCGCUGUAUGAUGAGUUGCUGUCUACUAGGGAGGCAGCUGGCCGAAGAAGGUCGUCGUAG